CUUUCUUAUCACACUGGACAGAGACAGGAACUGAGCUCUGUCCCUGAAUCUGGUGGAGUUUCCUCUGUAGGAAAAUAACAAUGGAGAGGAAGAGGAGGCAGAGCCGGGGAACUGGGAGACCGGGAGCAUGCAUGAAGCUUAGUAAGGGGAUCUAUAGAAUAAGUGCGGGGUAACUGGAAGAGAUUGGAAGAAAGCAGCAACAUGGAGCAACAGACCAAGAAGGGAAAGAAGGCCCUGGUGUCACCUAUCAAACGAUUAGUGUCCCUUAAAUCUAACCGGCGCUCUGCGGUCAAAAACAGUAGCUACCGCCGACCACUCCAUUCAGUGCCAGUGAUGCCUCCUGACUUCCUGCUGGAUCCCCAAAUUCUUCUGCAUGAUUAUAUAGAGAAGGAAGUAAAGUUUUUAGGUCACCUGACAUGGGUUGUGGCCUCUCUAAAUCCAUCAAGUCGAGAUGAAAUUUUGCAGCUUCUGGAUACAGCAAGGCAACUCAAGGAGCUCCCUCUCCACUGCACCCCGGAGCAGGACAGUAUCCUCAGUCUGUCAGCUCGAAGCCUCUUACUGACCUGGAGAGACAAUGAGGAGCUGAUUCUACGGAUCCCCACACAUGAGAUUGCUGCCGCUUCCUAUGUGAGGGACGAUGCUCUUCAUUUGCUGGUCCUGAAGACAGGGCUCGGAUUGGACCCUGUUCCAGCCUCUGGUAGCUUGGAAAGAAAACCUCCAGUUGGAAAGAUUGACAGGAUUCAAGGUGGGGUUGGCUCCAAGCCCAUAGGUGGUGCUAUGGAGAGGCGGCAUACUAUCUGUAGUUUGGACUGGAAGAUGGCACACAAAUCGUCAGAAGGACGAACCAAGGGUGGGGGUAGUUUGGAGAGGAGUGGAGCUAAGCAAGAGACUGGAAGCUGGGAGAAGAGUCGUAGAGGUCAGGCUUGUGGCAAUUGGGAAAGAAGAAUGACAUUCAGUGGUAGCUGGGAGAGACGACAGCCCUGUGGUGGGAGCUGGGAGAGACGCCAGCCCUGUGGGGGCAGCUGGGAAAGACGCCAGCCCUGUGGGGGCAGCUGGGAGAGACGCCAGCCCUGUGGGGGCAGCUGGGAGAGACGACCAGGACAGAAUCCUUUGGAUCCCAAAGAGCCAAGUCCAGAUGCCUACUGCAACUUGAUAAUCCUGGCUGUGGAGAACAGGGAUGCAGCAGAAGAAUCUUGUGCACUUAUCUGCCAAGUUUUCCAGAUCAUCUACGGAGAUCAAAGCAUUGAAUGUGUGGACCGGGCUGGCUAUCAUUAUAUGUCCCCUCCAGAGAGGCCAUGGCUAUCACGUUGUGACAGCUCGCAUACAGAGGGGACUUUUUCAUAUGAUACUGACUUCAGCUGCUGCAGCUCUUUUAAUGGCUCCCAUGAUACUUUUGAGGUGCGGUACAGCGGAGAAUCGUCCCCCUCUUUUGCUGUGUCUGAGCAGAGCCUAGCGUCUGGAGUCAGUGAUGGGGACCAGAAUGGUGUCGCCCUGGAGCAGCUUCAGGACUACAUGAUAACUUUGAGAAACAAGCUGGCCCCUACAGAGAUUUAUCGGUUCGCUUGCCUACUACGGGAAUAUCGUCUUGGGAUGGAUGUAAAAGACUACUGCCGAGAGCUACUCCAACUGUACGGAGAGAACAGGAAAUUCCUGCUGCUGGGACUUAGGCCGUUCAUCCCGGAUAUGGACAUCAGCUACUUUGAAACCUUCUUAGAGAGCAUCGGCAUUCGAGAUGGGGGAAUCCUGACGGACAGUUUUGGAAGGAUCAAGCGCAGCAUGAGUAACACAUCCGCCUCUGCUGUGCGCAACUACGACAGUUGCUCACCGGGGUCUAACCGCUUUAACCGUAUGAUCACAGACAUCACACACAAUAUAGAGGCUUUGGCAAGGGACAAUGAUAAUUCUGAAGAUGAUGAUGAUUUCCUGUGACCGACAACAGCUUUAAAAAUGGCCAGGGUUUAUGUCAAAUUAUGGCCAUAUUGAGGCUGUACUGGACUAGAAUAAUGUGCUGCUUUCUUCUUAACUACCCACAGGUUGUCUGGUAUUUCAGCUUAGCUCUACUGAAGUAAAUAGGGCAAACUGUAGUACCACAUAUGAACUGUGCUGCUGUUUUUAAUCGUACCUAUCCAUCACAGCAGCUACCAAAUGCCCUUUCUAGGUUAAGGAUACAACCAUCAAUCGUCAUUGUAAUUAAGUGAUAUUUAAGCUAGGCCCAUAUUGAGGAAUCGUAGUCUGUGCUAGGACCGCACAGAUACUACCGUUCCCUUAGACGGCAAUGUACACUGGAGAUCAAAAUUAGAGAACAACACAUAAUUUCCUAAAUGUCAAGGUCAUAGUGCAGUCCUAUGUGAAUAUAUCCUAACAUGGGUAAAAUAACAUUUUAAGCUUAUCUCAUAAAUUGUAUUUAUUUUAAAGCACAGAACAAAAAGGUAAGAGAUAAUUGGAAAAAAAACACUGAUCAAAAUUAGAGAACACUUUCAGAUGCCUCCAAGUUAUUGGUGUGAAUCUGGCAACUGGUGCUAAUUUCCUUAAUCAUCUGACAAAACCCUAUUUAACUGGCAUCCUAACUUUCCAGUUUUCACUGACUUUGCAAAAAUGGUGUGCUGUUCCAAAGUGACAAACCCUCUGGCAGCAGGUUGCCCAGCAGAAGGCCAAAGGGGUGACCCUAUCAGCCAUAGCAAGAGAAGUUGGCCGUUCCAAGUCUAUGAUAUCUAGAAUAUUGCCUCUUCACAACAUCGCAAACUCAUUCAAGUCCCCCAAGAAGGCUGGUUGCCCUCGAAAGACAAAUGGAAGAUAGGACAGGAUAAUGCGGAGAAUCUCCAUGGGUUAUCGUUACAACACUGCAGCUGGAAUUGCUCACCAGUUCAGUACUGAACAGGGUAAAGAUCUGUCUCAUCAUACAGCGUCUCAACGUUUAAGAGCAUUUAUACUGAAAGCCCAUUCUGCAGGGACCACUCUCAUUAGCAGAAAGAAUCAAAAGGCUAGACUCACCUUUUCUGAGGAGCAUGUUGUGUGGACGGGAGAAGUGGUCCAGAGUUCAUUUUAGUGAUGAAAGCAAGUUUCAUUUAUUUGGGUCUGAUGGGAAACAUUAUGUUCAUUGACAAACUGGGGAAAGACUGAACCCAAAGUGUGUGAAGAAGUCAGUAAAAGGUGAAGGAGGAAGUGUUAUGGUUUGGGGAAUGUUUUCUGCAGCAGGGCCUCUCAUACAGCUACAUGGAAAGUGAAUGCAAGUGUGUAUCAAGUGUGUAGGUGAGUGCGAUCUCUGUCAGCCUCAUCCCGACACUGGACCUUGGGUUUCUUCACAUGGAAGC